AAAAAGAAUAGAUUGCUUAGUUCCUAAAAUUGAGAAUUUAUUCUAUAUUAGUUUUUCAAUUCUUACAAGUCUUGCGUAUACGAAAAUAUAAGACAGCUGAUAAUAGUGAUAAUAUAAGUUUCGCAAGGAUGAGUAAAAGACCUCUUCCUUCCACAUCAGGGACAAAGAAGGCGAAAUUGUCAAACGAUGACGAUGAACCUUCAGCAUUCGAGUCAGAUCUGGCUGCAAUGGAAGAGGAGUUUUCACAUGAAUAUAACAGUGAAGAAUCCCAAGUAUUUGGAGAUGGACCUGAGCAAGAAAAUACAUCCAUCAAAUGGAGCAGGCCUCCACCACCUGCACUGGAUCCAUCAAAAGAUUCGCUAUUCUUUCAACAAAUUGAAGUUGAUCACUAUACAGAUAAGCCAAUACCAGGUAUGCCAGGAAAUAGAGUUGGAUCAGUACCAGUAAUAAGAAUGUACGGCGUAACAGAGCAAGGAAAUUCAGUUUGCUGUCAUGUUCAUGGCUUCAGUCCUUAUUUCUUUGUUUCUGCACCUUCAAAUUUUACUGAUGCACAUUGUAGACCAUUUAAGACAGCUUUAAACAAUGCAGUAAAGAAUGAUAUUAAAUCAAAUUCUGAAAAUAUUCAAGAAUUCAUUUUAGCUGUAGAUAUAGUUAAACGACAAACAGUCUAUGGCUAUACAGGAGAUAAGAAGUCUCUUUUUCUCAAAAUAACAGUUGCUCUACCAAGAUUAAUUGCACCAUCUAAAAGGCUGCUAGAGACUAACGUUAUUUAUGAUGUGCUUCCACACACUUAUACUGCUUUUGAAAGUAAUAUUGAUUUUGACAUUAGGUUCAUGGCUGACACACACAUGGUUGGAUGUUCUUGGAUAGAAUUAAAACCAAAUCACUGGAAGCUAAGAGGAAAAUACAAUCACAAUUUACCACUCAUUUCAAGAUGUCAAUUAGAAGUAGACGUAGCUUGGGAUGAAUUCAUUGCACAUGCUCCAGAAGGAGAAUGGUCUAAAGUAGCUCCUUUCCGAAUUCUCAGCUUUGAUAUAGAAUGUGCUGGGCGCAAAGGCAUUUUUCCUGAACCAAACAAGGAUCCUGUUAUUCAAAUAGCUAACAUGGUUAUUUUACAAGGUGAAAGUGAACCUUUUUUACGAAAUAUUUUCACCUUAGAUACUUGUGCUCCAAUUGUUGGAUGUCAAGUACUCAGUCAUAACAAGGAGAGUACUAUGUUAGAGAAAUGGGCAGACUUUAUUCGUCAGUUGGAUCCUGACAUAUUCACAGGUUACAACAUAAACAAUUUCGAUUUUCCAUAUCUGAUAAAUCGAGCUCAACACCUCAACGUCCGGGAUUUCAGUUAUUUGGGCAGGAUAAAGAAUAUAAAAUCAGUUAUUAAAAAUACAGUAUUACAAAGCAAGCAAAUGGGUCGGAGAGAGAAUAAGUCCGUUAAUUUCGAAGGGCGAGUGCCUUUUGAUUUAUUGCUGGUGCUGGUUAGAGAUUACAAAUUGCGAUCAUAUACUCUGAAUGCUGUCAGUUAUCAUUUUCUACAAGAACAGAAAGAGGAUGUCCAUCAUAGUAUUAUUACUGAUUUACAAAAUGGGGAUUCUCAAACUAGAAGGCGUUUAGCUGUGUAUUGCUUGAAAGAUGCUUAUUUACCUUUGAGAUUAUUGGACAAGCUUAUGUGCAUUAUUAUAUACAUGGAGAUGGCAAGAGUUACAGGAGUAUCUCUCUCUAGUUUGCUAACAAGAGGUCAACAAAUAAAAGUUGUAUCACAACUUUUACGAAAGACUAUAGAAAGGGGGUAUUUGAUACCUGUACAUCAAGGACAAGGCUCAGAUGAACAAUUUGAAGGUGCUACUGUUAUUGAACCAAAGCGUGGUUACUACAAUGAUCCAAUAGCUACUUUGGAUUUUAGUUCAUUGUACCCAAGUAUAAUUAUGGCACACAAUAUUUGCUAUACAACACUUUUAAGUCCUGCUGCACAAAAAGCAUAUGAAGUGCCAGAAAAUGAUGUAACGAAAACACCUGUUAAUUCUAACUUUGUCAAAAGCAAUGUAAGAAAAGGAAUAUUACCAGAAAUUUUGGAAAGUUUACUAUCAGCUAGAAAAGUUGCAAAAGCUGAGUUAAAAAAAGAAACAGAUCCUUUGAAACAGAAAGUACUUGAUGGUCGUCAAUAUGCUUUGAAAGUUUCAGCUAAUUCUGUAUAUGGUUUUACUGGGGCUCAGCAAGGAAAGUUACCUUGUUUAGAAAUAUCAGGAAGUGUUACUGCUUAUGGACGUACUAUGAUAGACAAAACAAAACACGAGGUUGAACAACAAUAUCGUAAGGAAAAUGGCUAUGAACAUGACGCUGAAGUUAUUUAUGGAGAUACUGAUUCAGUAAUGGUAAAAUUUGGUGUUAAAUCUAUUGAAGAUGCAAUGAAACUCGGUAAAGAAGCCGCCGAAUAUGUUACCUCGAAAUUCAUAAAGCCUAUAAAAUUAGAAUUUGAAAAAGUUUAUUUUCCCUACUUGCUUAUUAACAAAAAACGUUAUGCUGGUCUAUAUUUUACCAGACCAGAUAAGUAUGAUAAAAUGGACUGUAAAGGUUUAGAAACUGUAAGAAGAGAUAACUGUCCAUUAGUUGCUAAUAUGAUGAACACAUGUCUUCAAAAAUUAUUAAUAGACAGAAAUCCUGAAGAUGCAAUUGACUAUGCUAAACAAGUUAUUAGUGAUCUUCUAUGUAAUCGCAUUGAUAUUUCACAAUUAGUCAUUACCAAAGAACUGACAAAAACUGAUUAUACUGCUAAACAAGCACAUGUAGAAUUAGCUGCUAAGAUGAAGAAACGGGAUGCUGGUACAGCUCCGAAAUUGGGUGAUAGAAUACCAUACGUAUUUAUAAGUGGACCAAAAGGAACACCGGCCUACCAAAAGGCCGAAGAUCCUAUUUACGUUUUAGAAAAUAAUAUACCUAUUGAUACGAACUAUUAUCUUGAGAACCAGUUGUCAAAGCCUUUAGUUCGUAUUUUUGAGCCUAUACUUGGUGACAAAGCUGAAUCUUUAUUAUUGAAAGGUGAACACACAAGAACAAAAUCUGUAGCAACAUCAAAAGUUGGUGCUCUGGUAGCUUUUACACGUAAAAAAGAAGCGUGUUUGGGUUGUAAAGCUGUACUGCCAAAUGGUCAAGAAGAAAAAGCGCUUUGCCAAUAUUGUGAAAAAAAAGAAGAUGAAAUCAUACAAACUGAAAUAUACAAUGGAAGAAAGUUAGAAGAAAAGUUCUGCAGAUUGUGGGCAGAGUGUCAAAGAUGUCAAGGUAGUCUUCAUCAGGAAGUAAUUUGCACUAGUCGCGAUUGUCCAAUCUUUUAUAUGAGAAAGAAGGUUCAAAUAGAUUUGGACACACAAGCAAAGAGAAUAGAGAAGUUUGGACUGCCACAGUGGUAGUAAAAAAACUUGCAAAGCCGAGUUAUGAAAAUUUUUAUCCGUCAUGACUUUUGUAUGCCAUUAAAAACACAAGUACAAAUGUGAUAUCUAAUAUAUAUAUAUAUAUAUAUAUAUAUAUAUAAACUUAGCAGGAGGUAUUAUGAACAGAAAUAACAGUUAUAUUUAUAUUUUACAUAAUGUGUUAUGUAUAUGUCUACAAUCAUAAAUAUAAUCAAGUGCUCAAAAACAAAAUUGGCAAAUCUUCAUAUUUGAAUAUAGAAAGCAUUACAUUACCUUCAUUAAACAUGGUUGGUUAACUUACAGUAUAAAAUAACUGGUUUACAGGACAAUA